AUGUCAACGACCAAAGUCAGAGCUCCAAUGGAGUUUCAAUCGACGGUGGUAACCACAGUAGACUGCCAGAAACAAGUUCGGUCAUGGCGUCUCCUCCGCUCAUUCAUUCAGCUUCUCAUCCCAACUUGCAACUGCACUUUAGUUCAAGAACUCGAACAAGACAACGUUAACUUGAGAGGCAAGAAACUCUACAACGACAUUAAAUCACGCACGUCUUCUUUCCGUUCCUCUUCUUCCUUAUCUUCUUCCACAGUCACUGGAACAAUCUUCGGGUACCGUAAAGGAAAAAUCAAUUUCUGUAUCCAAACACCGAGAAAAUCGACAAACCUCGAUCUUCUCCUCGAGCUAGCCGUUCCGACCACGGUUUUAGCACGAGAGAUGAGAGGAGGAGCGUUGCGUAUAGUGUUGGAACGCAACAACGAGAGAGACGAAGACGACUCGACGCCGUUUUGGAACAUGUAUUGUAACGGGAAAAGAGUAGGGUACGCGAGAAAACGAUGUCCGUCUAAAGAUGACAUGGCGGCGUUGGAUGCUUUGAGUAAGGUUGUGGUUGGAGCUGGAGUUGUGACUGGGAAAGAGCUUGGUCGGUUUGAUGAUGAGUUGAUGUAUCUGAGAGCUAGCUUUAGACGAGUUAAUAGUGGCUCGAAAGAAUCUGAAGCUUUUCAUUUGAUUGAUCCAGCUGGAAACAUCGGACAAGAACUCAGUAUCUUUUUCGUCCCAUCAUCGGUCUGA